AUGGCACGGCAAGCACGGCCCACAGGCCGCCUUCUGUGCGCGACACAGCCGGGUGAAGAAGAAAAACUAAUCCAGCAGGAACUAACCAGCUUGAAAGCAACAGUUUCAGCCCCUACCACAACACUUGUAAGUGCUGUUAAGUGUAUGGUGAGACUCAUCUAUUGUGAAAUGCUGGGGUACGAGUCUUCCUUUGGAUAUAUCCAUGCGAUCAAGCUUGCGCAGCAAGGAAACCUUUUGGAGAAGAGAGUUGGUUACUUGGCAGUUUCUUUAUUUCUACAUGAAAAUCAUGAACUGCUGCUUCUCCUUGUGAACACAGUUGUGAAGGACUUACAGAGCACUAAUCUAGUGGAGGUGUGCAUGGCAUUAACCGUUGUCAGCCAGAUCUUUCCACGGGAGAUGAUUCCAGCUGUUCUUCCCCUAAUAGAAGACAAGCUCCAGCAUUCUAAGGAAAUUAUCCGAAGAAAAGCGGUUCAAGCUUUAUAUAAAUUCUAUCUCAUUGCUCCUAACCAAGUCCAGCAUAUUCAUGACAAGUUCCGGAAAGCCUUAUGUGACAGGGAUGCUGGAGUCAUGGCUGCUUCCUUGCAUAUUUAUCUUCAAAUGAUUAAGGAAAACUCAGCUGGAUACAAGGACUUGACUGAGAGUUUUGUCGCCAUCCUGAAGCAGGUGGUGGGAGGAAAGCUCCCUGUCGACUUCAACUAUCACAGCGUGCCAGCUCCGUGGUUACAAAUUCAGCUUUUAAGGAUACUGGGGCUGUUAGGAAAAGAUGAUCCAAGGACGAGCGAACUGAUGUAUGAUGUUCUAGAUGAGUCUUUAAGAAGAGCAGAGAUAAAUCAUAAUGUUACAUACGCCAUCUUGUUUGAAUGUGUCCAAACAAUUUAUACAAUUUAUCCCAAAUCUGAACUACUUGAAAAGGCUGCCAAGUGCAUUGGAAAAUUUGUUUUGUCACCCAAAAUUAAUUUGAAAUAUUUAGGUUUAAAGGCUCUGACCUAUGUCAUCCAGCAGGAUCCUAGUCUGGCACUUCAGCACCAGAUGACAAUAAUUGAAUGCCUGGACCAUCCAGAUCCCAUCAUCAAAAGGGAGACUUUAGAGCUUCUCUACAGAAUUACAAAUGGACAGAAUGUAGUUGUCAUAGUUCAGAAGAUGCUUGACUACUUAAAAGAAAGCAAAGAAGAAUAUACUAUCAUCAAGUUAGUUGGCAAAAUAGCAGAACUAGCUGAGAAAUAUGCUCCUGGCAAUGAGUGGUUCAUGCAAACAAUGAACUCUGUGUUUUCUGUUGGAGGUGAUGUUGUGCAUCCUGAUAUCCCAAACAACUUUCUGAGGCUGUUGGCUGAGGGGUUUGAUGAUGGAAAAGAAGACUAUCAGCUACGGGUGUAUGCAGUACAGUCUUACCUAGCCUUACUUGAAGAGGAAGGAGCACUGUAUCCACAGAAAUUCCUUCAAGUUAUGAGUUGGGUGUUGGGGGAAUAUUCCAGCCUUGUCACGGAUGUUGACCCGGAGGUCAUUCUGACAAAGCUGCACAGCCUGCUGAAGAAGACUUGUGUUACUUCUGAAACUAAAGUCUGGAUAAUGGCUGCCGUCACCAAGAUCGCGUCACGCGCCCCCUCUUCCAAAACAGUUGACAGACUAAUCCAGGAAUUCAGCACCUCCCUAGAUACCUGCCUGAGACAGUCUGCCUUUGAGCUGAAGCGUCUGUCUGAAGACAAAGCACUGAUGAAAAACUUGCUUCCCUUUGAUGCUAGUUGCAAUGACCUGGUGGUAGACGCUUCCUUAUCUUUUCUGGACGGGUUUGUGGCUGAGGGACUCGGUCGUGGUGCAGCACCUUAUAAACCUCAUCACCAGAGACAAGAGGAGAAGCUUUCUCAGGAAAAAGCUCUGAAUUUUGAACCUUAUGGAUUGUCGUUUACUUCAAGCGUGUCCUCAUCUGGUGUCACCGGCAGACAGUCCCCCACUGGUUUAUCUUUUGGUUCUGAUACGUCUGGUAACAGUGCUGAGACAGGGCAUAAAGAGACAAAUACUCUGAAGCUUGAGGGGGUACGCAAGCUGUGGGGAAAAGAGGGCUAUCUUCCCAAGAAAGAGAACAAAGUAGGGGAAGGAAAGGAGCCACCAGCUGUUUCUUGCGGGAGCUUGUUAGCAGGACAGGUGGGUGAGCCUCCCGCGCUGCGGUCUGACCAAGACGCCGGCCUCUCUGCAGAAGACCAAGAGAAGCAGCAGUUGGCAUCGACUUUGUUCAUUGGGCUGGGAUCCAGUGCCGGUGUCAGUCUGAUGGGGAAGACAGACACAGCUACCCAGAAGUUCAAAAGAAAAUCAAAGAUAAAUGAAACUCAGAAUAGUGAGGAGGUGUUAGACUUCCAGAAUAGUGCUGCUUCAGAGUUUGGUCCCUUACUUGAUCCUAACGCGGAAGACUGUGAGGGAAAUACACACCCAAUGUUACAGAAAACCUCCCUCUGUUCUUCAGAUGUUUUAGAGGAUAAUUUAGCAUUUGAAACACCUCAGUCCCCAAAAAAACCUGGGCUGGAUGACAGACUUUCAGGUAGCAGGCUCUCGCAGUCGUCUUUGUUUGCCGAUAGCAAUAUUGAGAUUUUUCAGCCUUCUUCAAGUGCUCGACGCGACAGCGCCAGGCAAACCCCGUUGGUCCCUUCCUUACCGGAAGAGCUAGAAGAUCUCGCUCACUCUGAAGUAGCGGAACUUUGUCAGAGCGAGGCCCUAGCGCUGUAUUUCUGCAAGGUGUGGACAGGUGAUUCUCUGUUGCUCACCGUUUUUCUUUCAAACAAAGCCACUUCUGCACUGAAUGCUGUGAACUUAGUGUUUGAAGAAACAGAGCAUUUUCAGAUGCUGGAGAGUCCCACCUACCAGUUUCCUGUAAUUGAAGCUCAAAGCGUGGAACGUUGUCAGAAACGCGUGUGGAUGGACAAAAUCUGUACACAGGGAGUUCUUCCUGGCUCUGUUAAGUACCAGUCGGAGGUGGAAACGCGCCUUGAAUUUUCGGUUGCUCUGUCGUUGUUGGACUUCAUCAGGCCAAUGGAAAUGACUACAGAAGCCUUUGGGAAGCUGUGGUUGUCCCUUUCCAAUGAUGUGAAACAGAACCUGAAGAUGUCACCGUCUCAGGGUUCCCUCUCGGCAGCUCUGAAUACACUGCGGCAGAACCUGAAACUCCACGUGGUUGACAUUAUAGGUGAUGAGGGGAUACUGGCAUGCCAGCUACUUCCAUCUGUGCCCUGCCUGCUGCACUGCCGCGCUCACUCCGGGAUGCUGGCGGUGUGGUUCAGAUCGCCUUGUUCUGCUCUUCCAGACAGUUUGCUCUAUCAGUGCCAGAAGGUGAUGGAGGAAUCCUAG